AUGUAUGCGAGAAGGAUGGAUGUAAAGAUAGAUGAGAAUGAAAGAGAAAGAACAAUAGUAGAGUGCAGAGAGAAUGGGCGAAUGAUAGUGGAAAGGCAAGAAAAGAUAUCUCAAAAUCCAUUAGAACCCCAUGACAACAAAUAUCAUGUAGAAAUAAUUUUUACCCUGAAGAGUAACUUCAAAAAUCGUUUUAAGGAUUUCAAUGAAAUGGCUUUAGUAGUAGCGCAGUUUGUUGUUUCACCCUUUAUGGAAAUUGAUGUCCAGCAGUUUGCACCUUGUGUUAUGCAGAACUUUGGCGAAGACAUCGCUGCAACAGAAAUGGAGGUCAUUGAGUUUCAAAAUAAUUUAGCCUUAAAAUCGUCAGUCUCAAGUACUGAAUGUAUCUGGCCUAUUGUAAGUAAAGACAAAUAUUCAGUUCUAUGCCGUGUUGCCUUGUGA